UAUGAGAUGAGAGUAGCUAAAUUAUAAAAUCAGCUUGAACAUGUCGAGCCAGAUGAAAAAGAAGAGCUUUAACCUUUGCCUCUGCUGGUUUCGUUGUUUUUGUUCUUUGUUAUGUUUUUUUGUAGAAUCUUCGAAGGCCAAGGAAACACAUAUACCAGUAGGGGUGGUUGUUGAUCUCAACUCCUCAGUUGGAAGAAUGGCCAUUCGCUGCAUGAAAAUGGCUCAUGAUGACUUCUAUAAACAGUAUUCUCAUUACCAAACAAGAUUGAAUCUUCGAACCCGGGAUUCUGAGAAUAAUGUCGUCCAAGCAGCAUCUGCAGCUCUCGAUUUGAUAAAGAAUGAAAACGUGCAUGCAAUUAUCGGACCUUUAUCUUCAGAACAAGCGAGUUUCGUAAUACGACUUGGGCACAAAUUUCAGGUGCCCAUCGUCUCCUUUUCAGCCACAAGUCCAUCUCUUCCUCCGCUCCGGAGCAAAUUCUUCAUAAGGACAGCACCAGAUGAUCGCUCACAGGUGCAGGCUAUAGCUGCCAUUGUUGAAGCUUACGGAUGGCACGAAAUCAUCCCAAUCUACGAAGACACCGAGUUUGGCAAGGGUCUGAUCCCAUACCUCACAGAGACCUUGGAGGAAGUUAACACCCAAGUGCCCUACAGAAUUGCCAUCGAUCCGAAUUCUGAGGAAUAUGAGAUUUUGAAUGAGCUUAAGAAGCUCAAUCGGAGUCAAAAAAUAUUUCUUGUUCACAUGACUAAUCUUGUUGGUCCGAAAUUCUUCUCAGCAGUGAACAAGGCUGGAAAGAUGACAGAAGGGUAUGGGUGGAUAGUCACCAGUGGGUUAUCCAAUGUGUUAGACCCUUUGGCUCCGAAAGUGAUGGAUUCUAUGCAAGGUGUCUUGGGGGUAAGGCCGAGACUGGAAAAGUCUAAAGGGCUUACAAUUUUCAAAAAUAGAUGGAAAGCUUCGUCAAUUAAAUCUGGUAAUGUGUCUUUUCCCUUAACCUUGUUUGGACUUUGGGCUUACGACACAGUUUGGGCGAUAGCCAUGGCAGUAGAGUCCAAGUUUGCAAAUUCUAAGGAUUAUGAUACACUUCUAAAUGAAAUCCAAGAUAUAAAAUUCCUAGGCCUCUCUGGGAAUUUCAAUUUGAGUGAAGGACAACUCCAACCCUUGGAGCUUGAAGUAUUCAAUGUGGUAGGACGCAAGGAGAGGGUUAUUGGAUGUUGGAGCCCGCAGCGAGGACUAUUCCACGAAAAUCAUUUGAGUUCAAGAUUGAAACUAACGCCACCAAUAUGGCCGGGGGACGUAACAAAUCAACCAACCAAGUUCAGAAUUGGGGUCCCCGUAAGAAAGGGCUUUAAUGAAUUUUUGAAGGUAGAAACACGGCCUUCAAAUAGUACUCCAGAUGUUUCUGGCUUUACUAUUGAUUUGUUUAACGAAGUGCUCAAGCCUUUACCUUUUCCUUUUCCAUAUGAGUUUAUCGCAUUCCAGAAGAAGAAUGGAGAAAGUACCGAGUCUUAUGAUGAUCUUGUUCUUCAAAUUGAGCAACAGAACUAUGAUGCUGUGGUUGGGGACAUAACUAUUGUAGCUAAUCGUACGAACCAUGUUGAUUUCACGAUGCCAUAUUCAGAAUCUGGCGUGUCAAUGGUUGUUCCGAUGAAGCACGAUGAGAGAGAAAAUAUGUGGAUCUUCUUAAAGCCUUUGAGUCCAGGCCUUUGGCUGACCACAGGUGCAGCCUUUGUCGUCACAGGUAUCAUUAUAUGGCUUCACGAACGUCGUACAAACACAGAAUUUCAAGGGUCCCCACAGCAGCAACUUGGCAUCAUGUUCUGGUUUUCUUUCUCCACCAUAGUCUUUGCUCACAAGGAAAGAUUAGUGAACAAUUGGUCGCGUUUUGUUCUGAUCUUAUGGGUAUUUGUGGUGCUCAUCAUAACACAAAGUUACACCGCAAGUUUGGCUUCCAUGUUAACCGUACAAAGAUUGCGGCCUAAGUUCAUUGAUGUGAAUGAGAUAAGAAAGAACAAUUACUCUGUGGGGUAUAUGAAGGGGUCCUACAUCAAAAUGCUUCUGAAAAAUCAAUUGGGUUUCAAGGACGAGACAAAGUUGAAGCCGUACGAGACGCCUGAAGAAUAUGAUCGAGCUCUCGCUAGUGGUGAGGUCGCUGCUAUCUUUGAUGAAAUCCCUUACGUGAAGUUUUUCCUCUCAAAAUACGGCUCCAAGUAUGGUAGUGUGGGACCAACCUACAAAACUGGGGGAUUCGGCUUUGCGUUUCCACUAAAAUCUCCGCUGGUCCCUUAUUUUUCGAGGGCAAUCCUAAAUGUGACUCAAGAUGAAGAAAAGUUCGAAAGGAUUAGGGGGAAGUACUUCUCCAGCGGAGUCACAUAUGAAGAUGAAUAUGGAUCAUCAAUCCCAAACAAUCCCGUGAGUCUUACUGUGUCCAGCUUUGGAGGGCUUUUCAUCAUCACAGGGGUCGCUUCUGGGAUUUCACUUCUGUUCUAUUUGUUCAAUUUUGGGUACUCUCGUUCAGAAGAAAGACUUCUUUGGUUGUUGCAGUUAAAGGCUCGAAUAGUGAAGUGCUUGGAACGAAAGAAUAGCUCUUUAUCUGCGAACAGAAGUGAUUCCAGAGUACAUCCUGCAAUUAAUAAUACUGUAGAGGGAGAUACAGCCAUAAUUACUGCUUACCCUCGCUGCUGAUAGAGUUUUGCCUUGUGAAUGAACAAGACCAGUUACUACAUGGAUUUGGAUCUUCGAAACUUACAAGUUUAUAUGAAAUAUAUGUGCUUCUGACUAUAA